AUUGGCUGCCCGGCUCCGGCCCUCUCACCAUGGCGGCGGCGCUGGAGCGGGCGCUGGGCCCGGCGGCACCGGGGGACGGUUCGGAGGCGGCGCUGCCGCCGCUGCCGGUGCUGGUGCUGGGUCCGGCGGGCUCGGGCCGCACCUCGCUGCUGCUGCGGACGGCGCUGGCGGGCGGCGCGGACGGGCCCCGCGCGCUGUUCCUGGCUCCGAACGCGAUCCCGCGGCUCCCGGGAGGCCCCGGCGGCCCCGGCCCCGACCCGCGGGCGCUGCAGCGCCUGGAGCUGCGCUACCCCCGCUCUCGGCUGUCGCUGUGUCACGAGCUGGUGUCGCGGGUGUCGCUGUCCCCUCACCCUCCGUCUCUGCUGCUCCUGGACGACCUGGAGCGAUACCUGGGGAUGUCCCCGAAUGUCCCCUCCCGCCUGGCCGCGCUCCUGCUCGAGCUCACGCGUGUCCCCCGCUGUCCCCCGCGUGUCCCCCCGCAGCUGGUGGCCUCCCUGUCCCUUCCCCCUCCCGCCCCGCACAUCUUGGGGACGUUGCUGCGCUUCUUCCCGGCUCGGUGUCACCUGAGCCCGGCCCGCGGUGACAGCCCCGGCUACGCUCGGGUGACACUGAGAUGUCCCGGGACAUCCCCCCGGAGGUGGCGGCUGCGCCUCGGACACGCCGAGCACGGGGACGGCGACGGGGACGGCGACGGGGACGGCGACAGCGAGGAGGAGUGGGCGUGACACAGCCAGCACGGGGUGGCACGGACACCAUGGGUGACACGGACUCGGCGUCACCCCCCCUCUGGUGACAAAGACUCAAUGUCGCCCCCCCACAAGUGGCAAGGACCUCGGUGUCACCCCCGUCUGGUGGCACGGACCCCAUGGGUGACAUGGACUCGGUGUCACCCUCCCUCUGGUGGCACAGCCCUGACAUCACCCCCUCCCCCCCGCUGCUGUCACCCUGCUCCCCGCAGGGCCCUGGGGACACAGGCACUGCAGGGGACGU